GAUAAGAGUUUAUUGCGGUUUCGAAGGUUUCAAGCUCCGAGUGAAGAAGCGCCAUGGCUGGUAUAACCAGCUCCGUAGGAUUCAACGCCGUUUUCGCCGGAAUCACCAAAUUGGCUUCGAAUUCACCAUUCUGUGUUUCGUCCAUCGAUUCCAAGCUCUGCGGCCUUCGUGUCUCCAAGGCCGAACACUCCAUUGCCAAUUCUCCUCGCCAUGGCCUCGCCGUCACUUGCCGUUACGGCGGAGGUGGUGGUGGCGGAGGAGGUUAUCGUUUCUCUGGAGACUCUAGACGAGUUAGGCCAAAAGAAUCCGAAGUAGAUGAUGCGCUUGAUAUUUCCUCAAUUAGGUCAGCUACUGUUAGGCUAAUCGAUGAGAAACAAAACAUGCUUGGUUUAGUGUCUAAAGACGAAGCCGUUCGAAUGGCUGAAGAUGCUGAGCUUGAUCUGGUGAUUCUAUCGCCUGAUGCAGAUCCUCCAGUUGUUAAAAUGAUGGACUAUAGUAAAUACAGAUAUGAACAGCAGAAGAAGAAAAAAGAUCAACAAAAGAAAACCACUCGCAUGGACUUAAAGGAGCUUAAAAUGGGUUAUAACAUUGAUCAGCAUGAUUAUACUGUACGUCUAAAGGCUGCACAAAAGUUCUUGCAAGAUGGUGACAAGGUUAAGGUGAUUGUGAGCAUGAAAGGACGAGAAAACGAGUUCAGAAAUAUCGCUAUUGAACUUCUCAGACGUUUUCAAACUGAAAUAGGAGAGCUUGCGACUGAAGAGAGCAAAAACUUCCGGGACAGAAACUUGUUCAUUAUCUUGGUGCCAAACAAGGAAAUGAUUCGGAAACCACAAGAACCAUCCUCUAGAAAGAAGAAAAAAUCAGCUGAAAAUGAAGUUUUAGCUGCGGAAAAAGAAGUUUCAGUUGCGGAAAACGAAGUUUCAGCUGCAGAAAUAACGACGUCGUCAUAAAAUUACAGUCGCCAUUUGUCUGCAAAGUGCGUCUGGAGUUUAAAUCAUGAGGUAAAGCAUUUGAGAGCUAAAGUAAAGUUUUGUAUAUUUACUUUUCUACCGUGUCUUAAGAGCUGUAACAAAUAGAAUUAGUCCUAUUUGAAUGAUGUUCUUCGUUUGUAGAUCUUUCCUGGAAUCUUUUUGUAUAACUUAUCAGCUUAGUCAAUUCAUACAAAUUGUAUU